AUGUCCGCAUUCUACCGCGCCCUCCAACGCCACGCGCACGAGUCUCCAGUCAUCUUCUACUCGCUCGUGAUCGGCUUUGCGGGCCCGGCGCUCGUGUUCACUGUGCCUCCGAUCCGCAAGUCGAUGGGCUGGAAGCCCGCGGAGCGCGUGCCGGAGACGUACCCCAUUCCCAACCGCCCAAGGCGUGCUGUGGAAGGGUUCGAGGACCCAUAG